ACAUUCAUGAGUUCCCACCUGGGACUGCUCUCAAAGCUCACUUUCUGUGCUUCAAACAAGAUCCAGCACUUUUCUUGUGACAGCUCCCCCUUAUUCCAGCUGUCCUGCUCUGACACCAGCUUGCUGUGGAGAACAGACUCCGUUUUGACCCUGUUUACUGUGCUGGGCUCAUUGUGUUUAACUCUGUCAUCUUACGUCUGCAUCUUUUUCUGCAUUCUACACGUGCCUUCCGGGAGGAAGAAAGAUUUUGCUACUUGUUCGUCCCAUCUCAUCGCCUCGGCCAUUGCAUUUGGAAGCUGCCUUGUGCUCUGUUCACAGCCCUCAGAACAUGCUUCUUUGGAGACCAGCAAAACUGUGGCUUUACUGAGCACUGUCCUGUACCCGUUCUUCAACCCUUUCACCUCCAGCCUUAGAAACAAGCUUGUGGCACUGGUCCUGAAGGAUGCCACUGCCCAUGCAAGAGUGCAGCUUUUCCCUCACUCGUGAUGCAUUUCUGGACAGCCAUGUGAAUUAUCUGCUAUUGUAUCUCAUGCUGCCUGGGG